CUAAGUCAACAACCCUCUAAGAAAAAGUCAACUACUUGAAAGUUUAUGCCAUUGCUCGAGAGAUCCUAGAUCAAUAUGCAUUCAAUUUGCAAUUUUAUCUCUUGAAAAUGACAAUGAAGUGCUUCUCAUUCUUCACCUUCUCUUGCUUUUCGAUGUGUUUUUGGGAACUGUCAUUUGCAGCUGACAUCAUAAAUCCUGGGCAAUCCAUCAGAGAUGGGGAGACAUUGAUUUCCUCAUUUCAGAGAUUUGAAUUAGGCUUCUUUUCUCCAGGCAACUCCAACAAAAGGUACUUGGGGAUAUGGUACAAGUUUAGUCCUAGCACAGUUGUCUGGGUUGCCAACGGAAAGAAUCCACUUGCUGAUGAGUAUGGAAAUUUAACUGUGAGCAAUGAAGGAAAUCUUGUACUUCUCAACCGAGAGAACAGCAUCAUAUGGUCUUCAAAUGUGUCAAGGGUGCCAGAAAAUCCAGUGGUACAGCUCCUAGAUUCCGGGAACCUUGUUCUUAGGGAAAGUACUGACACAAAUUCUGAUAGUUACAUGUGGCAGAGCUUUGAUUACCCAUCAGAUACAUUGUUACCAGGAAUGAAGUUGGGAUGGGACUUAAAAACUGGUUUAGAGCGUUUUCUCAUACCUUGGACAAGUGCUGAUGAUCCAUCUCCGGGGGAAUUUAGUCUUAGCCUUGACAUUACUGGGUUACCUCAAUUAGUUAUUAGCAUGGGAUCGAUAAGACAGGCCCGCAGUGGACCAUGGAAUGGUCUCCAGUUUGGUGGCAUUCCCAGGAUGCACAACUCGGUCUUCAUACCUAUUUUGGCACAAAAAGAAGAUGAGUUAUAUUUUACAUAUGAACCUUUCAACAAUACAGUGAUCACGAUAUUACAAAUGAGUCAAUCAGGAAAAAUGCAGCGUCUCGUGUGGGAUGCGAUGAAAACUGAAUGGAGGGUCUUGUACUCUUGGCCAUUUGAUGUAUGUGACAAUUAUGCAGAGUGUGGUGCUAACGGAAACUGCAGAAUUAGUAAGACACCUAUUUGUGAGUGUUUAAAGGGGUAUGUAGCGAAAUCACCAGAUGAAUGGGAGUCAACUCAAACAAGGGAAUGCGUAAAGAAAUUGACAUCAAAUUGCCAAAGUGGGGAAGGGUUUCUAAAGCUUCCGCGAAUGAAAUUGCCUGACAUUGAUUGGUUCAACGGAAGUAUGAAUCUCAAAGAAUGUAAAGCAGCAUGCACCAAGAAUUGUUCAUGCAGAGCUUAUUCGAAUUCUGAAAUAACAGGAGGAGGGAUUGGCUGUUUGAUGUGGUUCAGGGACUUGACAGAUAUGAGAGAGUGCUCAAAACAAUACAUCUGGGGACAGGAUAUAUAUAUUCGAGUUCCAGCAUCUGAAUUAGAACAGGAAAGCAUUAAAGUAAAUAGUGAAGUACCUCUAUUUGAGCUGUCUGUCAUUGUGGCAGCAACUAACAAUUUCUCUCAGGAAAAUUUACUUGGAGUUGGUGGCUUUGGCCCUGUCUACAAGGGCAAUCUUCCCACUGGUGAGGAGGUAGCAGUGAAAAGGUUGUCAAAGAAUUCUGUGCAGGGAACUGAAGAGUUUAAGAAUGAAUCAAUUUUAAUUGCCAAACUUCAACACAAGAAUCUCGUAUCACUUUUUGGGAGCUGUAUCCAGGGCGAAGAAAGGUUGUUGGUGUAUGAGUAUAUGCCCAAUAAAAGCUUGGACUAUUUUAUCUAUGAUCUAGAGAGAAGAAAAUUAUUGACAUGGCAAAGACGCUUCAACAUUAUUAAAGGGAUUGCAAGAGGACUUCUUUAUCUUCAUCAAGAUUCUAAGCUUCAAGUUAUUCACAGGGAUCUAAAAGCUAGUAACAUAUUGCUAGACGAUGACUUGAAUCCAAAAAUUUCGGACUUUGGGCUGGCAAGAAUCUUCAAAAGUGAUGAUGAAGCAGCACAAACAAAUAGAGUCAUGGGAACAUUGUAA